AGUAGCUGAGUCGAGGGGAUGCGAGCAGAGAUGGAGGGGGCUUGAGGAACUGUGGAGGAGAAACCUGGCCCUUGGAGAUAAUAGUGGAGAUACAGCCGCGGCAGCAGAAAGGAAGGUUAACACUUCCCAGCCUCCCUUCUGGCUGGGGAGCAGAGGAGCACGGACAGGGCGCACGAGGGGGUCAGCGGGCGCUCGAAGGAUGCCACAUGCAAUAUGGUGCAUUCCUGUUUUGUGAAACCCAGGAAAGCCAAGUUAUCGCCUUUGAUUGAUUAUGCUCGCGGGGAGCGACCGGUCCGAGGGGAAGCAGACACUGAAGGAAGCGACCAGGGUUGACGCUGCGCCUCCCAAAAUCUCUGAGCUGAAUCCCAGUGAGACCGUGGCACUUCCCGGCGUGCAUGAGUGUAAGGGUGUGAGUGUGAGUGUGUGUGAGAGCAAGUGAGCGCCAGCGCUCCCACAUGGCCUCCAUGCAGGACGGGCUGAACUUCACGGCUCCUCCCUACGGCAAGGUCCUGCUGCUGGGUGCUAUCGCUGCUGCCUCAGCCUUUGUAGUUACGAUCCUCAUUGUGGUGCUCUGCGUGGGCUGCCAGAGGAAGGGGAAGACACACAAUGUCCCCGGCGAGGGUGGAAAACACCGCCUCAUGGACAUGGGUAUACUCAGGCAGUCGAAGCUGCGGUCCAUCAGUAAAUCAGACACUGAGAUGAACAAGAUGAACUGCAAUGGCAAAAGCAGGCAGCUUCCCCAGAUCCCCUCUGGGACUGGAGAGGACGGCGAGCACACUUACUCUGAAGUGGGCCGGCGCUCCUCCACUUCACGUACUGAUGAUGCCCUCUACGCCAUGGUAGGCAGGGCCGGGCAGACAGACACUCCGGCCCCUCCGGCCGUCCCUGCCAACACCCCGGCGCCCCCAGACCCUGAUGGCGAUGUGGAAGGAGGGCUCCCCGAACCUGAGGCCCAGGUCAUGUCACCCCCUCACCCUCCGGAGACGGCCGAGUACGCCUGCGUCAGGAAGCUGAGGAAAGCAGAUAAGGCGCCUCAAAAGAGGGACAGCGGGACGGAUAUGGGAGAACCACCGGCACCGCCUCCAAGACACGCCCCGCCUUCACAUCCAGCUCCUCCUCCACCACACCCUCACAGCACCAAGUUGCCCCGUAGAAACGUCGAGGCCUUCAAUGUCCCAUCCUUCCCAAAGGAAGUGAUGUUUAUGGGCAACGGAGAGCAGUACAUCUGGAAGCCUCCAGAGGAUGAUGACAUGCUCAUGCUCCAAAAUAAAGCCCUGGGCCCGCUGAGUGCUCACACAGUGGAGAAUAUACAGCCGUCUGCUGCUGCGGUGGCUGAGAUGUACUCUAAGGUGUGUAAACCAGGAAAGAAGAAGAGAGCUGUGCCGGGGUCUCCCCCAGCCAACCCCGGCUUCCGGACCUUGGGUCGAGGUGACCGGGACCGAGACCGGGAUGGGGGGUUUAGUGUAGUGGUCAAACCCCAGACGUGGGCACCUCAGGAGGGCAAAGCAGUUGGCGGGCCCCUUGACGACCACUGCUACGAGUCCAUUGGGACAGAGGAGUGUGAUCUGGCCUAUGAGAACAUGGAAGGUGGAGGCGCCUGGAAGCGAGAGAGACCCCCUAACAUGUGUGCCACCCUGCGGCCAAGGAGGAAGAAAGCCCAGCAGCCCUUGCAGCAGCAGCAGCCCCCUCCACCGCCACCAACGCAGCAGACACCCAAGUUACAGCACCUGCCUGCCAAAGCCCUUCUGCUGCCGGGGGAGAACCUGUACGAGAGCAUCGGCGACCUGAAGCAGGGCUCUGCCACCUCCAGCACCACCACCAUCUUCACCUUCAACGAUGGCAUGGAGAUGUAUGUAACAGGGCUCUGAGGCAGCAGCUGCACUGUGACCCCCUAUCCUUCCAACACAAGGAGCUGAGCUAAUGCCACAAGGAGUGACGGCUGAGCCCCUGUCAUGCUCACCCACACAUACUGUUUACAUUUAAGUCAUAACGUCAAGCCUUUCACAGGCUCCAGAGGCCUUGAGGUAGUAAAGUUGCUCUGUUAUGACCUGGGCUGAAUAAAAAGUCCAAUUUAUUAUCCUUAUAAGGAAUCCAAAGGUAGUGAAAAAUAAAUGAGCACAAAACCAUUGCAGAGCAAUCUGUAGGUAACAGUAGCACUUCUAUUUUACUGAUACAUAUGUGCAAAGCACAAUAAAGUAAAAAGCCUAAAUUCUUCCUCAAUUCUAGCGGGUAAAAAAAGUCGUAUAUGUAGUCCGAGUAGGACUCCUAUUUGGGGAAAAAAGGCAAAGCGUUGUGUGAAAUAUUUUGGUAGCACUUAGUCUGUUGUGAACAGACCUUCCCUGUAGUUGGUCAAGACGUGAUUCAGGACGGAAUUUAAAGGAUAUAAAUGAACGAAUUACUAAUCAAAAUACUUGAAAGCUCAGGGACCAAGAGAAACAAUUAUGAGAGUAUUAUAAAUUAAAUAAAAAAUUUGCACAUAUUUUGCAUUCCUCCUAAAAGCUUUGACUAAUUUCGACCGUUUUCACAUUUUAAAAAGCCGACCAGAUUCUUCCCCUCCGUCAUGUUGUUUCAUUAUACAUGGACUGAACACUGUCUCCACUGCCGUCUGUAAAUGAAGUGUUUUACUUUGUUGAUCCUGUUUCUGCACUUUGCCUGCUACAAGUUGCAUGCUAAAAAAAAAAAAAAAAAAAAAAACAUGAAAAAAAAUCAAGCACUGUCAUGUGGUACCUCUAUAUGAAUGUUUUUUUUUUUCUAUUGUCGUUGGUUGUUUAUUUUUUGUUAGUGUGUUGCUUUAUUUCUCUGUAGAGCUCAAAGCCAGAUAGAAUAAGGAUGUCUUUGGCUCAGUGGGACUCUGUGCAGCAGAGGGGAGGAUUAUUUUUCUCUCCUGUACCUGAAAGAGACACAGUACAGAUGUAACAAGACUGAGGAGAACUGCUCGAGUCCUAAAGGUGGAGACAGUCCACUCAACCCCACCCCACACAUACGCACACAGAAACACAUACACACAAUCCUCCCGUCUGUUCAGUCCUCACUCAUGUCUGUGGACUGUUCAUCUACAUAGUACCCUCCUCGUGGUCAUACGAGUCUGCUUUGGUUUCAUCAUAGUGCAGUAUGGAAAGCUCCACUAGAACUGAUGUGUAUUAGCAAAACGUCAUGUCUCAUCAUCACCCCAUCGACGAACUCUCUCUCUCUCUCUCCGUUAUCAGUGUUAAAAAUAUUGCAGAAAUGUGAAGCAAAUGGUUGGCUAAGCAGCCGAGCAUCACCCCGAGGACACCGCACAGAAAUUGCAUACAAAGCCUGGACACCAAUGACAAAUUCAUUUGACCAAAUAUCCCCAGCAAACAAUGUGAUUAUACUGUAUGUUGAUGCAAUGUGUAUGUACAUGACAAAAGAGAAAGAAUAAUAAAUAUAUCAUCAGUGUCAAGAAAUCUAUCUUUUUCUAUUAUGUUCAGUUGUGUUUUUGGAAUGACUUUAUCUUGUGACACAAACUGCAAAAACAGCUGCAAUGUAAAUUUCAGUGUAUUCUGUUUGUUGUUUUUUCGAAGCCGUGGAGCUACGGUGUGUUCUUGGAAAGCCCUGCUAAGUUAAAUGUGGCAGCUAAUGUUGUGUGUUUGCUAUUCAGACUACAGGGUCUUGUACUCAAAAGCGUGUAAUUAAGUGCUAAGUGCAAAAGAUUGUAAUGUUUUAUAUCAAGAUUACUAUUCAUGAAAUGUCAGUCAAGUUUAUACUUUUGUAAUAAAGUGGCACUUUAAAAAAAAUAUG